AUGUGGAAACUUAAAAGGAGUAAAAAAAAUGUACUCGUAACACUUUGGUUUAUAAUUUGGUUUCUAUAAUGUUCAGCCGGAGUAUUAAUUAUAAUGAUAUCUUAAUGUCUUAGUGUAUUUGAAGAGUUUUGAUUGUAGCUUUAAUAUCUAUGUACUUUGUAAGGUAUUCUUAAUAGGACAAAGAAUCUUCAAAGAUGAAUAUCUUAAUGGGACUGUUAGCGCUCAUUGUGAGUGAAAGUGGACUGCAUGGUGCGCAUGUUCAUAUUGCAAGGAGCACUAUCCUUAUGAACGACAUGUUUAAGUACCUUGGUUUAAACCAUAUGUUUAUGGCGGUAAACGGAACGUCACUUUAUGUGACGGGCAAAAAUUACAUUUACCACCUAGAUACAGCGGACGAUUUUCAUGACCUUACUGAAAUUGAUAAUGUUCAAACUGGACCAAACGAUGAUGCGAACGGCGAGUACAAAAUCGACGAUGUUACCAAUAUCGUGAUACCGUAUGGUUCAGACUAUUUGAUAACGUGCGGUAGCAGUUAUACAUUCUGCCAUAAACGAUUCCUUGGAAACAUAUCUGACUGGACCAUAGGAUUUGAACCCUCCACCAACAACAGUGCUGCUGCCGCAUUUUUUGCGGAUUUUGAUAAUAAAGAGUAUCUGUUUGUUGGCUGCCCACAUGCAAAACUACAACCAAAUACCAUCUGUGAAAAAUUCGGGAUAUUUUGGUUUAACGACUUGGAUAUAACACGAAAAGUAACAAGGUUUAAGACUGCCGAUGACUUACUGCUGAUAACAGAAACUUAUGUAAAGGGAUUCGCUAUUGAUCAUCACCGACUAUUUUUCAGCAUACAACGAAAUAAGACAGAUAACUCUACUCACAGCAGAGUUGCAAAUGUUUGUCAGAAUAAUAAUGAUUAUGCACCGAUAAUGUAUGUGGAUAUGGAACUGAAAUGUGGGGACUUCAAUUACAUGCAAGCUGUUGCAAAGACGUGCUUUGAAGGAGAAUGUUUAAUUGUUGCUACAUUUACCCAAGGAGAACACUCGGUCGUUUGUGCAUACCUAUUCUCGGAGAUAAAAUCGAGUUUGGCAGUCAAUGUAAAGCGAUGUUACGAUAAAACUCUUCAACUGCCUCCCCUUUGGUAUGACUACUUCAAUUAUCCGAACGGCAGACCAUGUACUGGAAACCCGGCCAAUCUAACCGGAAUAAACACCACUGACGAAUAUUUCUUAUGUAACGAAGACGGAUACGCAAGUUUUAAAGACGUGAUAGGCGAUACGGCCCUUAAGAUGAAUGCCAGUAUACGUCUGAACCACACGGCCAUAACUGCCCUCACCUUGGUGUCCGUCCGCGGACGUGUGCUAGCUCUACUAGGGACAGCUAAGGGAGAAAUAAUUAAGGCCAUUGUAUUUCCGCGGGAAGUGGCUGAGGUCCUAUCCUGGAAAGCUAUUGUAGACAGUGGACAUGCAGUAUUGCCGGACAUGUUUGUGUACGGAUACAAAUUGUAUACAUUCUCGGAAAAUUUGAUGCACGACCACACCACAGUGUUCAAAUUCAGAAUGGAUAUUGGCUGAAGGCUCAGCGAGUAUCUGUCCACACAUAAACCAAACGAGCCCUGAUGUGAUAAGAACAGAUCAUAUGUCCGAGUUGACACUCACCUUGUCCCAUAACCUGAGCAUUGGUCUAGGGUUGAGAUGCCAGUUUGAAAGCUUGGUCAACAACAGGACUAUAUUGAUGAACAGCAGUGUUCCGGGGGUAGGAAGGGGUGACGAGAUAACAGUUCUGUGUCGCUCGCCAGACUGGACGGAACUAAAACAUCACAUCCAAAGUUCGGCUACUGUGUUUUUCCUGCUCUUCACAAGCGUUUCCUCCAUGGCUGUAAUGAGAGGGGAGUUAACUGUGUUUGAAUGCGAAACCAUUACGAGGUGUUGCGACUGCAGUUUUAGUCGUUGGACAUGCAAAUGGUGUCCUUUGGAGGGACGUUGUAUCAAAGACAAUAAAUUAUGCAAUGGAAAUGAGAGUUUUGUAGAGAUCGAUGAAGAAAGCAAUUGUCCACUAGUUACAAACUACGCCGUUUCUGCUCCAAACGUGCUGGAUAGUUCCGGCGUUGUUCACUUAGCAAUUGAGGAAAGCUACAAUAUCACCGUCAAUGGCGUCAACUUUAUUGACAUAAAUGGUUAUGCAAGUUACCACUGCUCUUAAAGCACAACUAAUUAAUGAUACUGAGAUUAUGUGUCACAUCCUAAAGGACGGCAUACCAAGGAAUCUGGACUCCACUACAAGUCUUCAUGUUGACUUUCAGUCAAAAAAGCUUGACGGCUUAUCGCUUAAAGUUGUGUUUUAUCAAUGCGGUUCUCUGAUCUACCCCAAAAAUAACUGUGGACAAUGUGAAAGUUUUAAAUACUACCAGCCAUAUUUAAAAUGUAAAUGGUGCAAUGGGCAGUGUAUCUACUCAGGAAAGGUUUGUGCAACAGCAGAAACCAUGUGCCCUGACCCAGUUAUCACAAAGGUAUAUCCACUUUCUGCCCAUAUCGACGCCGUCACGCCCAUUAUAGUCGAGGGUUUUAACCUGGCGUCCCACAUCAACGAAACAAAGGAUGUUGUUAGUUUGGGGAACAUCUCCUGUCUUACCAUCUACCCUUUUACUGUUGCCGAUAAAGUAUCAACAAGAAUAGCGUGUAACCUUGAGCCGAGUGGAAGAGUAGCAACGGAAAAUAUCACAUUGAAUAUACCAGGACACAGUCCGGUGGUGUAUAAUAAGUACAGCUUUAACUUUCAGAUUCCGAAAUUAACCAGGAUUUUUCCGAAUUACGGGCCUUUGUCUGGUGGGACAAAUAUUACGUUAUACGGCGAGCAUCUAGACACGGGUUGGGAGAGGAUGAUAAAGAUUGGAGAGCAACUGUGCGGAUUUGUAACAGUACAAGCGUUUACGAGUAUAAAGCCAACCUUGGCAGAAUGUAAGACUGUCAAAUCCAAUUCCACCACCCAGAUGAAUGCUCCAGUUUCCAUGGUUUUCGAUGAUCAGGCCGUAGGAGACGUCAACUUCACGUACGUUCCUGACCCUGUAGUUUGGAAUAUUCAACCAAAAAAGAGUUUUCAAAGCGGAGGACGGGUUUUAACGGUCACUGGUCUGAACCUGUUGUCCGUGCAAACUCCGAAGCUCAGGGCCCGUACCAUUGACGGAAAGACUUCAGUUGAACAACCGUGCAGGCACAGAAAAGCAAAUGACAGCGAGGACAAGUUAAAUGGAAAUUUAACAUGUAGAAGCCCAAUGUUUCAUCCCAGUUGGUCCAGGCAGCGAACAAAGCGGUUGCAUGAAGUAUCGGGAAGCAUGGAGGUUAGCUUUGUCAUGGAUGAUGUCGGUUCAGUCAGGGAUUUGCCGUCCAACAUUUCUGUCCUUCUAUACUAUCCUGACCCAACGUUUUACAACUUCAACAAAACUCUGCACUUCACUCAAGUCAUCAUUAUAAAAGGUGAACAUUUAGACGUGGCUGCCACCGCGGAAGACGUUCAGGUGUUAAUUGGCUGUGAAAAAUGCAAUGUCACCACUCUGGAGCCCAACCGGGUAAUCUGUAACCCUCCCACUAGUGCACCAAAGUGUACCGUUACCAGACAAACGUUGUUUUCUAUCAAGGUAAGCAUUGGAUUUCUCCAACGAGAGGUCGGCCAGAUAGAAUAUGAAGUCUCCAAGCCAUUCGAUAAGAAAAACAUUCAACUUAUAGUUGGCGUUGUAGCUGGAGUAGUGCUUUUUCUCUUGUUGUUGUUUGUUAUUGGCUAUCAAACAAAAAAGAAGUCGCUUCUGCGGGCUCGUUUACAGCAGGAAAGGGAAGGUUAUGAGCACAAGCUUGCUAAAAUAGAAGGUCGCUAUAGAAACCCGCGGCAAGAAGAUUAGCGCCGAGAUGGAAAAAAAGAAGCGGAUCAAUUGGGUACUUCUUUCCACAUGUCCUGUAAGCUGCAGUUUAUCUACAUGGACCAGUUUCAGCAGAAGGUAGUGAACAAGCUAAUUACUGUCCAUGCUGCUACUGAACUAGUUGACGUUAUACGUUACAAUUGUAAAUAACAGAGAACAGAUAUAUAGUAUAUACAUCGUUUACCAAGUAGAGUUGCAGUAGAUGACGGAGAAGUAAAUAUGCUUAAAGCAAACCAGUGGUUAUGGCAAAUAAACUUGGAACUUCAAUGAAAAAACAAAUCCCCUACAAUGCAUUUCCAGUAAAAUGCAAAUGGCCAGCAUUGUUAAAAGUGACUCUAUCAAGUAUUAGCAACAUAUUACCUUUGUCAUUAUUAUAACACCGUUUUUGUUAUUUUCCCUCAUUUGUAUAUAAUGUUGUGUAAAAAGAUUUUUAUAAAUACUUAUUCGUGUUUUGUACAGUUAUGUUGACUUCUCAUUGUGUUAUGUUUAUGUCAUACCGACCGGUACAUAUAACAUACUUUAAAUGGAGCAAUUAAAUGCAUCCGAAGGGUCGCUCUACCAAAAGUAAAACUUCAUUUAAUGAUCGACAACCAUUUUCAUCGGUGAACUUGUUACUUACCGUGGUAGAUCUUAAACAAACAAAAAACACAUAAAGACAAACCGGCUAUCACAAGAAAACACAAGACGAUUGUUCUACAUUUUUUAAACAUUAAUCAUGUGCUAGAAAUGCAAGCACUCAUGUGGGAUAUGUUAAAAUCUCUUAUUUUUGUACUUGAACUGCUUGUUGUUCCACCCACUGCUUACAAUAUUUUUGUUAAGAGAAAUCUUAAACUGAAAAGGAUUUGAUAUCGUCAAUAAAAUAUUAUUGUAAGUGUCGUGAACUACUCGGAAGAGUAGAAACAUGUUUGU